AUGUCGUCACCAACAGCACAAACUUCAAAUGGAUGCUUUCAUGUCGAUCAGACUGGACAAUCGCUGUUCUCAAUCACUAAUGAUAAACAAUUGCUCGGUCAUCAAGCGAACAUUGUACAUUCGCAGAAUAGUUCAUCGACUGUGCAUAAUUCGCCAAGUGACGUAUCUUCUCUUUUUAGAUGUCAACCGACUCAAUCGGCGCGUGUUUUUCGAGGUGAAUAUGGUGCUUAUCCAUUAUUAAUGGUCUGUCCAUAUUGCCGCAAACAAAUAACCACUGUUGUACAAUUCUCAAAAUUUGAUGAGGAAAAAAUGAAUGAACUUAAGGUUUUAACUAUCUGUGGUGGUUUCCUUCUUUGCAGUUGUUUAUGGCCAUUUUGUUGCCCUAAAGAUUAUACGAGCCAUAAACACUUUUGUCCUUCAUGUGAACGAUAUCUUGGUUACAAUAAACCUAAAUACAACGGUACCGCAUGA